ACAUCAAAAAGUGGAAAUUUAAGGGAAACCACAAAUAAAAAGAAGCCUUGAGCCCUGUCGAAGUACAGACCUCAGCAGAGGGAACAGUAUUUGGUUAGAAUAGCCUAAGUUGCUUAGACCAGAGGCAUCUGAAAGAGAACAGAAAAAGUGGAAAUCAGCUGUCAACCCUGACAUAACCUCAAUUAAUUAUAUAUAUAUUUUUUUAGUAUUUUCAAUUUAAACUAUCCAAGAAAAACUUAACUAAUUUUAAUAAACAAACCGCUAAAAUGGCCCUACCGGCAGCCCAAAAAACCUCCAUGCUCUUAGGCGUAUGCGUGCCAAGCCUAAAAACUGGCGCGUCCAAAUUCAAAGUUAAAAGAUUGGAACUGGAUACAAACUUAAACAUGUAUUUUGCAAAACACGAAUACGUUUAUGCCCACGAUCCGAGCAAACUGUGCAAAACCGGCGAUGUGGUCUUGAUCGAACAACUGGCAAAGAAACUGACUAAACUGAUUACCCACGAAGUGAAAGAGGUGGUGUACCCCCUGGGAGACUUGACGUGUCCCUUAACUGGUAAAAAAAUAAUCGCAGGAAAGUUCAGGGAUGAUAUUGAGGCUAUUAAUAAAGUUUAUGGUGAGAGGAGUGGCCGGUUUGAUUAUGACAAAGCUCCUCCGAGAGGUUGGCAGGAAGACAAAAAAGACUUUACCCAUGUGGAGACUUAUAUUAAGUAUCAUGAUGAUGGUACUGAGCAACCUUAUGCUGUUUAGUUAAGUGGAGUUUUUGUAUGUGUAGUUUUUGUGUAAUAUAGUAUAUUCUGUUUAGAAAGUA